GCACAAUCCCAGUGCGAUGACUUGGAGGUAUUUGGCUACAUGCUGGGGUGUUUUAUCCGUGGAAGACUGCCCUGGCAAAGCCUCAAGGCGAAGCUGGCCCAAAUAUCAGCUUGUUUUCGAGAUGAAGUGGGCGGCCGGUGUGAAUAAACUUCACGCUGGUCUACCAACCGUGUUCUCCGUUUACAUGAAUUAAGUGCACAACUUGCGCGACGAAGAUCGGGUGGACUAUCGAUACCUCCGGAAGAUAUUCAACGAUGUUUUCGACCAGCAAGUGUUCGAAUAUGACAACGCCUUUGACUGGAUGAUUCGGGAAUUCCAGAGGCUG